AUGCCUUCCGAUCUACGGCCGCCGUACCACAGGCCUAACGAUGGCCGGUCACAGCAGCCUCUCCUAGCGAGCAAAGGAGAACCACGAUACGACUCGCCGACACGACCGCCCCUGUUAACCAGACGAUCUACUUUCCGCGAGCGAGAUCCAGAUCUAGAAGCCAAGUCAGCGACGCGAAAAAGAUACACAUAUGCCGGAGCAUUCCUGCUGCUGAGUCUGAUCAGCUUCACGGUGCAGACAGAGACGGCGGUGUAUAUACAGCACAAUCUGGGGUGGAACAAGGCAUACUGCAUGCUGUACUUCACCCACGGCUCCUGGUCCCUUCUCUGGCCGACCCAACUCCUCAUCCUGCGUCUCCAGAAGUGGAACAUGCCCUGGCGGCCCUUCUGGCGGCGGCACAUCCAAAUACUCCGCCAAACCGCGCUAAUGGUCGAGCACAAAACCCUACACCCGGCUCCCCGCCAAUCCUCCAGCUCGCCCGUCCCCUACAUGCUCAAGAUGACCGCCUUCGUAACCUGCGCGCUCACCAUCGCCGGUGGCUCCUGGUACGUCGCGGUCGACCUAACGACAGCCUCAGACCUAACAGCCAUCUACAACUGCUCCGCCUUCUUCGCCUACGCCUUCGCCAUCCCGCUCCUGCACGAGAAGCUGCGCGGGACAAAAGUCUUCGCCGUCGCCGUCGCGAUAGCCGGCGUCCUGACCGUCGCGUACGGCGACAAGGCCGUUCCGAAGCACGGCUCCAAGUCCGGCAGCGGCACGGGCGGGCCACAGGCGCCGGACGGGGAAGCAAAGAACAGGGCCUUGGGGAAUAUGGUUAUUGGGGUUGGGAGCGUGCUGUAUGGGUUCUAUGAGGUGCUGUACAAGAAGGUCGCGUGUCCGCCGGAGGGGUGUAGUCCGGGCAGGGGCAUGAUCUUUGCGAACACGUUCGGGAGCUGCAUUGGGUGUUUCACACUGCUGGUGCUGUGGAUUCCGCUGCCCGUGCUGCAUGUGCUGGGGUAUGAGACUUUUGAGUGGCCCAGGGGGGAGGCGGCGUGGAUGCUGUUGAUUAGUGUCCUUGCUAAUGCGACUUUCUCCGGCUCCUUCCUCGUCCUCAUAUCCCUCACCUCACCGGUCCUCUCCUCUGUCGCCGCUCUCCUUACCAUCUUCAUCGUGGCGUUAGUAGACCAGCUGCUACCUCCACCGCUCUACUCGCCUCUAACUCCCGCCGCCAUGGUCGGCGGUCUUCUGAUCAUCGGCGCUUUCCUUGUGCUCAGCUGGGCUACUUAUAGAGAGAUGGACGAGGAGAGGCGGAAGAAGUCGGAAGAAGAGGUCGAUGAGAGUGACAUCGAGGAGUAG